AUGGAAAACCUUAAUGAUUUGCAUGCUCUAGAAUCAGGUGAGGUUGAAAUGCAGAUUGAGGCUGAUAGUUUGGCAAAUGCCAAAGGAGAGUUAGAGGUUGCAGAUAAUCACAUAGAUCAGACAUUAAGUCUUCCAUCUGUGGAUCAGGUUCAGGAAUGUGAUUUGUCUCCUGAUAAUAACAUGAAAGAGGGAGAUUUGAGCAUCUCAAUUAAUGACAAUGGCAUUGGUUCAUUCCCUCCUGAGAGGGAAGUGAUCAAGGAUUUGGCAGUGGCACAAGUGGAAAUGGACAAUGUCCAGCCAAUGAUUCAUCAGAGAAAACAAUCUCCUUUGAAGGAACUGCAUGAUGUGAUCUCUCAUAAUAUUAAUGUGGGAGCUGAGGUGGAAUAUGAUGAGGGCAAGAACAAAUUCAAUGAAUGUGAAGAAGAGGUCUCAGUGGAGCAGGUUUUUAGUAAUGUGGUCAAAGAAGCUCGCAUCUCACCAAGAUCUAGACAGAAAGGCUCUAAGAAAGGAAAGAAACAAGUAAUCACAGAUACUGUUCCUAUAAGAGUGGUACCAAGGAGAGGUUCUUUAAUGGAGCCUUUUCAACACUUUAGGCAUAUUCAGGGAUUUAGAAGGAGACUAGGCAUGACAUAUGCCCAUUACAACUGCAAUGGUAAAAUAUGGUUCUUUGUAAAUGAUAAUGUGGAUGUGGAGAUCCCGCAGGAUCUAGAACAACAGAUUACUAUAAAGCUAUUUUUCCAAGAGUGGAAUAAGUCACUUAUGGUAACUAUGGUCUAUGCAAAGUGUGAUCAUCUGGAAAGAAUAAGUUUAUGGGAUAGUCUGUAUAGUUUGGCUGAUCAAAUGGAACUGCUUUGGUUGGUAGGGGGUGAUUUUAAUGUCAUUAUGAAUGAAAAAGAGAAGAUUGGUGGUUUACCUGUAUUUCCAAAUGAAUAUGAGGGGAGUCUGUUUACUUGGUGGAAUGAGAGGGAAGGCAGUGACUGUAUUUUCAAGAGAUUGGAUAGAAUGAUUGCAAACUCUAAAUUACAAGAUUGGUUUGCACAUAUGGAGGCAUGGAUCACAGAUUUUGAAGGGGAUGAUUUUAUCAGAUUCAAGCUGAAAUUGAAGAAUGUGAAAUCUGCUUUAUUUGCUUGGAGUAAGGCAACUUUUGGUGAUAUUUUCAAGCAACUAAUAGUAAGGGAAGAGGUGCAAUCACAAGCAGCAUUGAAAAAGUAUGUUCAUUAUGAGGAAGAAUUUUGGAGACAAAAGUCACAUAUGACUAGUUUUGCUGAGGGUGACAGGAAUACAAGGUACUUUCAUAGUAUUGUGAAUGGUAGGAGAAAGAGAUUGAAGAUCAGAAGAAUUCAGAAUCAGCAAGGAGUAUGGAUAGAAGGGGAGUCACUUUUGGCAGAAGAAGCUUGUAGAUUUUACCAACAGCAGUUCUCGCAAGAGGUGUGUUGGGACAUUGUUGGUGCUGAUGUAUACAAUCUUGUGAAAGCCUUUUUUAAUGGCCAAACUCUUCCUAAAUCUAUCACACAUACCAACUUGGUACUGUUACCAAAGAAGAAUAACAUUGAGAAAUUUGCUGAUAUGAGACCAAUCAGUCUCAGCAACUUCAUCAACAAGGUUAUUUCUAGAGUGGUUCAGGAUAAGCUGGAAGGCAUUCUACCUUCUCUGAUAUCUUCCAACCAGUCUGGAUUUGUUAAGGGCAGAUGUAUCAUUGAAAAUGUCCUUCUAACUCAAGAAGUUGUGACUGACAUUAGACUAAGAGGAAAACCAGCCAAUGUUGUACUUAAGCUUGACAUGGCUAAAGCAUAUGAUAGAGUAUCAUGGAGGUAUUUGAUCAGAGUUUUAAGGAAGAUGGGAUUUGCAGAAAUUUUCAUAGAUAUGGUUUGGAGGCUGAUAGCAAAUAAUUGGUACUCCAUACUCCUUAAUGGUCAAGCUCGUGGUUUCUUUCAUUCCACCAGGGGUGUAAAACAAGGAGAUCCUCUCUCUCCUGCUUUGUUCAUCUUAUCUGCUGAAGUUUUAUCUAGAGCAUUGAAUUCUUUAUUUGAGAAUAAUGAAUUUAGAAAUGACACAAUAAAUUUUUCAUCUGCUGAUGCUAGAUCUUUAGAGUUGAUUAUGGAGGUGGAGACUAUUACUGGUUUUAAAAGAGGCACUUUUCCUUUUACAUAUUUGGGCUGUCCUGUCACACAUUCAAGGAAGAGGAAGGCUGAUUACAAUGAUCUGAUCAAGAAAGUCAAGAAUAGGCUGCAGACUUGGAAAGGAAGAUUGCUAUCAUUUGGAGGAAAAGUUGUUCUGAUCAAUAAUGUAUUAAUGAGUAUGCCAAUACAUCUGUUGUCAGCCAUCAAACCUCCAAAAUGUGGUAUCAAUGAUAUGCACAAAAUCUUCUCAAGAUUCUUCUGGAAUAAUAGUGAGGAAGGCAGAAGAAGACACUGGUCAUCAUGGCUAAACUUGUCCAAGCCAAAAGAGGAAGGAGGAGUAGGCUUUAGAUCUUUGUUUGAUGUAUCUAAAGCCUUAUGUGCAAAACUUUGGUGGAAAUUCAGGACAACAAAUACUCUAUGGGAAAAUUACAUGUGGAUCAAAUAUUGCAAAAGACACAGUCCUCAGACUGUGCAGUGGAAAGGAGGUUCUCAAGUAUGGAAGGCUAUGAUAGAGGAUAGAGAUAAUAUAGAGCAAGAAAUAUGGUGGGAACCAAGGAGUGGAACUGCAAAUGUAUGGUUUGACAACUUGACAAAGCCAGGGGCUCUAUAUCACAUCAUUCCAGAUGAUUUUGUGAUAGAUGAGGGUGUUCAAGAUGUAAAAGAGCUUAUGUUGCAGGUUGGUUGGAAUAUAGGAAAAUUGCAGCAAUUGUUUCCUAUGGAUAUUGUGGAUCAUAUAUUAGAAGAAUUGCACUUUCAUGAACCACAAUAA